UCCUUGUUGAAGCUGUCAUUCGUGGAAUCGUUGCUUGUUGGUGCUAUCAUCUGUGACGUCGUCGCUUAUUGGAGUCGUCGUUGGUUGGAGUCGUCAUUUGUGGUGUCGUGCUUGUUGGGGUCGUUAUUCGUUUCGUCGUUUAUUGAAGCCAUUGUUCGUGGUGUCGUCAUUUAUUAG